GCAGCCACAGCUGGGCCAGGCUGCCUGACCACACACAGCCAGUCGGCGGUGGUGCCCACAGCUGGCUGCCAGCUAAUUACUUGUCACUGGACUCCCAUGGACAAACUCAACUCUCCUUUUCCUGCAACAUGAGAGAAGACCAUGAAUGAGCCACUCGACAGUUUAGCCAAUGCCUCUGGUUUCCCCGACGACUCAGCCACUUUGGGGAAUUGCACGGACGAGCAGACCUCACUCAAGAUGCACUACCUCCCCAUUAUCUACAGCAUCAUGUUCCUUGUGGGCUUCCCAGGCAAUGCACUGGCGAUUUCCACAUACGUGUUCAAGAUGAGGCCCUGGAAGAGCAGCACCAUCAUCUUGUUGAACUUGGCCUGGACAGACCUGCUGUAUCUAACCAGCUUUCCUUUCCUCAUUCAUUACUACGCCAGCGGUGAGAACUGGAUCUUCGGGGAUUUCAUGUGCAAGUUCAUCCGCUUUGGUUUCCAUUUCCAUCUGUACAACAGCAUCCUCUUCCUCACCUGUUUCAGCGUCUUCCGAUACCUUGUGAUCAUUCACCCGAUCAGCUGCUUUUCCAUUCAGAAGACCCGAUGGACGGUGGUGGCCUGCGCUGGGGUGUGGGUCAUUUCUCUGGUGGCCGUCAUGCCCAUGACCUUCUUGAUCACAUCAACCACCUUGGCCAAUAGAUCCGCCUGUCUCGACCUCACCAGUUCUGAUGACCUCAUGGCUAUCAAAUGGUACAAUUUGAUUUUGACCGCCACCACUUUCUGCCUCCCCUUGGUGAUAGUGACACUUUGCUACACAACCAUUAUCAACACCUUAAGUCGCGGACCUCAGACACACAGCUGCCUUAAACAGAAAGCUCGAAGGCUCAUUGCCCUUUUGCUUUUCGUAUUCUAUGUGUGCUUUUUACCCUUCCAUAUCCUGAGGGUCAUUCGGAUUGAGUCUCGCCUGCUUUCCAUCAGCUGCACCAUGAAGAGACUCAUCCAUGAAGCUUACAUCGUUUCUAGACCAUUAGCUGCCCUCAACACCUUUGGCGACCUGUUACUGUAUGUGGUGGUCAGCAGUAAUUUUCGGCAGGCCAUCAGUUCCGUCGUGAGAUGCAGGCGAAGUGGGGACCUCGAGCAAGCAAAGAAAGCCAGUUGCUCAAACAACCCUUGAGAGGCUUCCUUAUCACAACAACACAACCCGCAAAAGCCUGACAUACCAUCUACAACUUCUGAGAAGUUCAGAAUAUCUCCCGCAGUGGAGCUCCAAGUGACUAUCAUGGCACUCAGACAAUUAUGAGCCAGUGCCAAUGACUGGGUUACUAAGAGUUCUCUGCAAUGUUUAUUGAUGCCAUCCCUUUGGUAGAAAUUAGAGUUAGAUGCCCACUUGUGUCAGUAAAGGAUCUACAGGAUUAUAAACUAACGAAACUUGGAGCAUUCUACUCCCAUCAACUCAUUGGAUCUGCAUGGACACUGGUGUUGUUCAUACAUUCGUUCUAGAUCUCUCAGUAAAUUGGUGGCAAUACAGGUAGGAAAGGCAAACAAGAAUGGAACAAAACCAAGGAAAAGAAUCAUUUCAUCAGACAUUAUGACCCAUUUUAUCAAAACCCUAGAUUAUUUAAAGCAUGACUUGUAUCUUUCUCAGCAUUUUUCCCCAUCUCCUAUCUUUACAACAAUUUUUUUUUUUUGCUUUGAAAUUAUUGUCCUGGUAUUUUCACCUGGGUUUCAGUUAGCUUUGUACACUGAAGCAAGACACUAAAAUAUGCUUGAAAUAAUUCAAGGAUGGAGCUGGAGAGAUGGCUUAGUGGUUAAGGCACUUGCCUACAAAACCAGAAGACCCAGGUUCAAUCCUCUACUACCCUGUAAGCCAGAUGCACUUGGUGGUACAUGCAUCUGGAGUUUGUUUGCAGUGGCUAGAGGCCCUAGUAUGUCCAUUCUCUUUCUCUCCCCUCCUCACAAAUACAUAAAUAAAUAAAUAAAUAAACAAUUAAGGACAUUAAUGCAAAUUACCGGCCAGAUAUUUGGAGAAUUAUGUCUUUAUUAUUGUAGACCCUCUUAAAAGUUGUUGAUUUAUAAAAAUUUUCAAGCUUUCUUAGAAGUUAUUCACAUGCCCUGGGGAAGGUUGAAACAGACGUACUUUCAAAUAUCAUGUAUGCAUUGGAUAUUCUAAUUCUAUAAUUGUUUUGAUCUAUGGGAAAACACCCCAGGAAACACUAGUUAACUUUUAAUAUCUUGAUCUUUUAUGGUUCUAAUGAAAAUAUGUGU